CGCAAACCACCACUCACAAGAAGAAGGCCCGUUAAGAAAUGACCCGAAUUGAAUCGACCUGAAAGAAAUUCAAAUCCCACUAUUCCUUCCAACGGUUCUUCCUCCUUCCCCAGAAAUUCAUACUCUGCAAAUCCCAGCCAGAGCCCAGCCAUGAACAUCACCCCUCAGUCUAGUCGUUCGACCAGAUUGAAAUCAGCUUCAAGAUUAUGUAAGCUCCAGUGCUUCGACCGCCCGGAUUCUGAAACCCUAACUAUUGUCCCCUCGCCCUCACUUUCAGCUUCGUCUCCGAAGCCCCGGGAUGGCCUCCCGAUGAUCCGGGAUCUCCUUCUUCUGUCUCCUUCUAUUGCUCGCAGGGAGAAGAUCCGGUCGGCGGAGAAGCUCGGAGUGGCUGAAGAUGGCGUGGAGGUUAUUAGUGGGGGUGGGAGGAGAUCCAGGAGCCGGAAUGCAGCGGGAGGGGGAUUGGGGUGUGCUUCUCCUAAAAUUCACCGGAGAUCGAGAAGGCGGUUAGAUCUAGAAUUGACGAAGGAAGAGAGAAAUUUGGGGGGAGAAGAGGGUCUUAAGCCAAGAAAGAAGAGACACAGUGGGAGAUAUAAGAAAGACAAGCUUGGCUUAGUUCCAGUACCGUCUCCAAAACCAAUGAAAGAAGCUGAGGGGGUUUAUCUUGAUAGAAUUGGGGAGCAGAUAAAUGAUUUGGUGAUGUGGAGGGAUGUAGCAAGAUCAAGUCUCUUGUUUGGGUUUGGGUCUCUCUGCUUCUUAUCAUCUUGUUUUUCCAAUGGAGUUACCAUAAGUAUUGUCUCCCUCAUGUCUCACGUUGGUCUGCUGCUUUUGGUGGUAUCAUUUUUCUUGAAUUCAUUUCGGUCGAGAUAUAGUGUUGAAGGUAAGCUGGAUAUCCGGCUUAAAGAAGAAGAUAUUCAGAGAUUUGGCAGGUUGAUACUUCCAACAGUAAAUCUUGCAAUUUUGAAGACAAGAGAGUUGUUUUCAGGAGAGCCGGGCACAACCCUUAAAGUAGUACCAUUCCUGAUUGUUGGAGCUGAAUGCGGCCAUCUGCUAUCUCUGUGGAGGCUAUGCGCAUUUGGGUUUUUCAUCAGCUUCACUGUCCCAAAGUUGUAUUCUUCAUACUCCAGCCUAAUAUGUAGAAAAGUUGAGAGCUUAAAGUAUCGGGCCAUUGAGAGAUGGGGAAGUUGCUCUCACAAGAAGGCUAUAGCAGCAUCAGCACUGACUGCCUUUUGGAACCUUAGCACUGCUAGAACCCGCAUUUUUGCCGCAUUCAUCUGCAUUGCAGUAAUUAGAUAUUGUAGACAGAAGUCUGAAGAAAAGGAUGAAGAACAAGAACGAGAAGAAGAGACUGUGAAAGGAGAUAAUAUAGAAAGGUCCAUAGCCGAUAAUAUUUUCAAUAACCUGGGCGCAUUUAUAUUGAUAUGGUUUACCAUUAGAGACGGAAAGAGUAGCAUAUGCGUAGAGAGAUCUCUUUAUCCCAAAUUAACCUUUAGAUGUCAGCAGCAAGCAAGGGAAAAACAAGGGCGGUGGGGAAAAAUGAGGGGUUGCCCUUCAUGCGGUCGUCCGGCGACGACGGAGUGGGAGGAGGAGGAGAAAAUAAAGGGCGGUGGCCGGAGGAUUCAUGAGCUGCCCGGGGGUUUGCCGGCGGGGGUGAAGUUCGACCCAAACGAUCAAGAGAUUCUUCAGCAUUUGGAGUCUAAGAUGCGUUUGGAUGCUCACCCUCUCAUUGAUGACUUCAUCCACACUCUUCAUGGAGAUGAUGGCAUUUGCUGCACCCAUCCUGAAAAAUUACCAGGAGUCACAAAAGAUGGUUUAGUCCGGCACUUUUUUCACAGACCAUCCAAGGCUUAUACCACCGGCACUAGGAAGAGAAGAAAAGUGCACACGGAGGCCGACGGUAGCGAAACGCGGUGGCACAAAACGGGAAAGACAAGGCCGGUGGCGGUGAAAGGCAAGAUGAAAGGGUACAAGAAAAUUCUAGUGUUGUAUACAAACUACGGGAAGCAACGAAAGCCCGAGAAAACCAAUUGGGUGAUGCAUCAAUACCACCUAGGAGAUGACGAAGACGAGAAAGAAGGAGAGCUUGUUGCAUCAAAGAUUUUCUACCAAACACAACCUAGACAAUGUAGUGGUGGCCCACAACUUAAGGACUCUCUCCUACCUCUUGUCAAGGCCAAUGGCACCGGCGAUGAAGUUUCGAGAGGAAAGGGGUCCCAUGACAAGGUCACAACGACGGUUGAAUCAUUCGAUCCAACUCUCAUAUCCUUUGAUCAAUACGGUCAUGAUCGACCCACCACUCAACUACUCCCAAAUUUUAAUAUGUGUGACACUCCCUUCAUUCCUUGAUGAUAAUUAUACUGUCCCAACGUUCAUAGACAUUGCUAAAAUUGCUUAUAUGUUGGUAUAUGUAUAUUUUGCUACACCCAAUCUUCUUGUUGUAACAAAAAAAGAGACGAUGAACUCAUCAUCAAUUAACUUGAAUAAAACGAAAUUCCCUAU